AUGUAUUCUAGCAAUAUUCUCAGGAAAAUUGCACAAUUUACUCUCUUUUCUCACAAAGGCAGUCCAAACCCUUGGAAAGUAGCUCUUACUUUGAAAGAGUUAAAUCUCUCUUAUGAACCAGUGUAUUACGAUUUUGGAAAAAAGGAGCAAAAGUGCAAAGAACACCUUGCUUACAAUCCUAAUGGAAGAGUUCCUACAUUAGUCGAUCACAAAAAUAACGACAUUGCGAUUUGGGAGUCCGAUGCUAUUUUGGCCUACUUGACAGACAGAUACGACAAGGAAAGAAAGAUUUCCUUGCCUCAUGAUCAUCCAGAAUACCAUCAUUUGCUUCAGUAUCUGUUUUUCCAGUCUUCAGGUCAAGGUGUCAUUUGGGGACAAGCAUCCUGGUUUAACUUUUAUCAUCCAGAGCCUGUUACGUCGGCGAUUACUAGAUACAGGAAUGAAACCAAGCGUGUUCUCGACAGAGACUAUCUUGUUGCUAAUAAGUGUACGAUUGCUGAUUUGUCUUUUGUAACCUGGAACGAUUUACUACCAGCAAUUUUUGGCCCAGGAAAGAACGAAUUUAAGGAAGAGCUUCCUCAGCUGGAUUUCGAAAAGGAGUUUCCCAAGACGCAUGAGUGGCACAAGCGUCUUAUUGAGCGUCCUGCUGUUUCUACUGCCUUGCGGGAACGAGAGGAACUUCUUAAGCAAUAA